UCGUGUCUUCUUUCUUGCACCUACCACUCCCAUGUCAAUUUAUUAAUAUCUAUCACUCUCCUUCUAUCAAUAGAAAUAGAUUAAGGGCUGCAAUUUGGUUGACAAAGAAAGUGGGACAAUUCCUACAUCCUAUUCCCAAAAAGAAAUUAAAUUAUUAAAUGUUGUGCUGUCCUUUGGUAUCCUCAAGUUGGUUUUGCCAUCUCUUCAACUUAUCUUCAAACGUAGGUGGACAUGAACUACACCCCAGAUUUCCCUUUCCGACAAUAAUUGUCGAAAACUAUUCAUAUACUUCAAAACUUAAAUUCUAAGGCACAUAAUAUCUAUCAAGCAUUCAUCAUACACCUUGCCAAUUCUGCCAACAACAGGGUUGGGUUAUUACAUGCAUGCUCACUUUGUUUGGUUUUUAGAGCCUUCACUUCCCAAUAAUUAGUUUUGGAUCAUUACCCAACAUUUGUCAUCUAAUGAGAGGGAAAACAAAGACGUUUCGUUUGUAGGCUUCCUGUGUCAUGAUCUUUUUCAUUUCUUAGUUGAUGUGGGACUUGGUCACUCUCAAUAAUCCCUCAUUCAAACAAAGGACCGCAUAAUCUCUCUUGAAAUGGUCAUCUUUCAUGUCAAUCUCUCUAGCUAGCUUCUAUAUGAAGUUUGUGUUCAAUCAAUAGAUGAAGUUCUUCUUUGGGGUGCAUGCGACCUGUUUGAAAGAACUUAACUACAGAUCAUGCGACCAAUGUCAUGAUAUGUAUUUUCACAUAUAUAACACUCGUUCAUCCCCAAUCCAACUAUGUUCAUCUCGUUUUUUAUUUGUUAAAUUUUCUAUUCAUUUACCCAACUAAAUCCCAAACAUCAAGAACCUAAUUAAUAGAGGAAAAACGACUCUCAUCAUUUUUUUCUAACUUAAUGCUAAAGUGAGAGCGUUUUUCUAGGCUAUUCUCAAGCAAUUUUAAGUUUUAGUCUUGGACUCGAAUUCUCCCAAGUGAAUUCGAAGAGAAGAUGCCAAAAAUAUGAUUUGUUGGUUUAAUCUCAAGAUAACGAGUGGACAGAUAAAAAGUGAAGAAAAAACCAAAAAUUACUGGUGGGUGAUGAUCGGCUGUUACGUUUGUAUUUUGAAUUCUUUACAGUUUCACUUCAUUAAAUCCAAGAAUGAAAGGAAAUCACGUGAAGAAAAUGAAUUUUGUGAACAUAUCUAAUGGAGAACGACAGUUCCUUUAAUGUCUUGGACUCACAUGCUUGGCCCAAAGCAAAAUAAUGCUAUUUAAUAUGUAAAAAUAACCUUAGUUUUAAUCUAGAUAUUUAAUUGACAUCUUAACGAUUCAUUCAAUUUUAUGCUAAUUCCUCGCCAAAAUAUAUAAGUAUAUAUACACACAUGUGUAUAUAUAUGGUUGGUAAACAAGCUAAUUUUAUUUUAAGAGGUGAACAAAAUUAUUCAUGCUUUGCAACUUUGACACUUUCUUAGAUUAUUUCUUUGUUUCGUAAUGAUCUCUUUUUCUAUAGUAUUCUCCUUGUCCUACUUAACAAAGCUAUUAGGUUAUAGUUUCUCUGCGAGGUUUAUGUUGGUCUAAUUUUUUUUUAGUAGUACUAACAUUUAAAAUGGUAAAUUAGUAAUCAAUACAUUAUUGGCUAAAUUAUAUUUGGAUGGGUAGCUGUUGCUGUAGUCACUCUCUACUAUGGUAGUGUUCUUUUUUUUUUUUUUUUUUUUAAUUUUUUAAUUUUGAAAAGUCUACUUUAGUGUUUAGUCUACUUAAAAUUAUUUUUAUGGUGGAAGAGGAAAAGAAAGGGGGAAACCCCGUAGGAGUGUGAUUAUUACGUGUAGGACUUGGGAGGAAGGUAGAAGAAACUAACAAAAUAUCUGCGCCUGUCCAAAUUCAUACUUAAAAUAAAGAAACGGGAGGUGAAAAGGAACGGCCACGUGGCGAAAGCACAACGUCCCGAUGAAAUAUGCGGCGACUCUAAUCCUUAAAAUUUAUACUUAAUUAAUAAAUGCUUACAACUUAAAUUUUUUUGCUCGAAAAAGCAAAGAGGACAGAACACUCAUAUAAAUCUAGACCUUUUGCUUUCCUCUGCUCUGCUCUGCUCUGCUCCUCUCAGACUCAGAACCUUCUCCUCUUCUUUUCACUCCCAUUCCCUUUCCCAUAUCUGCAAAUUUAGUUCGUAAAAGAUCCUAUUUCGUUUCCCCUUUUCGCGAAUCCUGAGCUAAAAGUUCAGAGGGAUAUGAAAUCCCACUACCCAUUAAUGGGUCGAGUUUUUUCCGGCGGAAUUAAGUUCAGAGAAACCAGAACCGUCACCCACAAACCGGCGGCGGAGACCAAACUCGUCCGAAUUUCCUACACCGACGCCGAUGCAACUGAUUCGUCGAGUGGGGAAGACGAAGAGCCAAUCCUCGUCCGUCACGUCAAACGCCACGUGACCGAGAUCAGGCUUCUCACUACCGAUUGUUCCAAAAAAGCGCCGCCGAAGUCCAGAGCUAACCCGCCGCGAAAUUCGGAGAGUCAUAGAAAGUUUCGUGGAGUUCGGCGGCGCCCGUGGGGGAAAUGGGCGGCGGAGAUCAGAGACCCUUUACGGCGAACCAGAGUUUGGCUUGGAACCUACGACACGGCGGAGGAAGCCGCCGUUGUUUACGACGAAGCCGCUGUUCGCCUUAGAGGUCCCAGCGCUCUUACCAAUUUUGUCGCUGAAACUCCCCAUUCCGAAACAACGCUUGUCACAUAUCUCACUCCGCCGCCGCCGGAAAAUCAGAGUACGGCGGCGGUGGUUUCCGAAACCAAAGAAUCUCGGAGUGUUUGCUCUCCGACUUCCGUUUUGAGAUUGGAAGAAGAAAAUUGGAGAGCCAUUGACCAUUAUCUAAGCGAAGAAUCAGGAUUAGAAGACGAAUUCAAUUGGCUAUAUGAUCGGAAUUCUAACAGUUUCUUGUUCAAUUUAAUAAGCCCACAACCAAUAUUUUCUGACCAAAUGGAAAUGACAAUUCCGAAAUGGGAAGAUUUUGGGGACAUUUCGGUGGAUUUCGAUUCAUGUAAAUGGGACGUAGAGAAUUAUUUUCAAGAUCCAAACUUUAGUAUUGCAUAGAUUGACUGACAAACUAGCUGGGAUUGUACGGGCAGUUGUGACUGUGAGAGAGAGGAUUUUGUUUCGUUAUCCUUUUUUUUUUGUUAUUAUUUAUUGAUUUGUUAAUUAUUAAUUUCUAAAUUUUUGUAUCGUUUAAUUUUGUAUUCUAAUGUAUGUUUUAUGAGCUUUUAUUUUUGGAGUGAAUUGUAUUGUCUGGAAAUAGCAUAGUGAGGUGCAACUUUAUGUACUCCCAACUUUUUCUAGAUUUAAGAUAUGUUCAAUAAAUGGGGGUAG